CCACGGAAGGUAGUCCUCCUCAAAAGGGCAACCUGCUUGUCCCGCCUACCCUGUGCUUCUCUCGGAAGGUGCGGGUGCCCGUUGAGAGGCGGGGCGCCGCCGGCCGCCGCCCGGAUUGGGCGAGGGGCGGGGCUGCGGAGGGAUUGCGGCGGCGGCAGCCGUGAUAACCUUGAGGCCCAGUCGGCGCAGCCCGCACAGCAGCGACGCGUUCGGACUCUGCAGACGUCCGCUUUUGGUAUCACAGCAGGAUCAAAGGUUGUUUGGCCUCUGGUCCUGUGUCACGAGUGGAAACAUUUACUCCAGGCUGCUAAAUUGCUGGUCUCCUUGACCUCAGGAACCAUGCCGAAGCCACACAGUGAAGCAGGGACUGCCUUCAUUCAGACCCAGCAGCUCCAUGCAGCCAUGGCUGACACCUUCCUGGAACACAUGUGCCGCCUGGACAUUGACUCUGCGCCCAUCACGGCCCGCAACACUGGCAUCAUUUGUACCAUUGGCCCUGCUUCCCGAUCUGUGGAGAUGCUGAAGGAGAUGAUUAAGUCUGGAAUGAAUGUGGCUCGGCUGAAUUUCUCUCACGGAACCCAUGAGUACCAUGCAGAGACCAUCAAGAAUGUCCGCGCAGCCACGGAGAGCUUUGCAUCUGAUCCCAUUCUCUACCGUCCUGUUGCGGUGGCUCUGGAUACAAAGGGACCUGAGAUCCGGACUGGACUCAUCAAGGGCAGCGGGACUGCAGAAGUGGAGCUAAAGAAGGGAGCCACCCUGAAGAUCACCCUGGACAACGCCUACAUGGAGAAGUGUGACGAGAACAUCCUGUGGCUGGACUACAAGAACAUCUGCAAGGUGGUGGAGGUGGGCAGCAAGAUCUACGUGGACGAUGGGCUCAUCUCACUGCAGGUGAAGGAGAAAGGUGCUGACUUCCUGGUAACAGAGGUGGAGAAUGGCGGCUCCUUGGGCAGCAAGAAGGGUGUGAACCUGCCCGGCGCUGCUGUGGACCUCCCCGCCGUGUCGGAAAAGGACAUCCAGGACCUGAAGUUUGGGGUGGAGCAGGAUGUGGACAUGGUGUUUGCGUCUUUCAUCCGCAAGGCAGCCGAUGUGCAUGAGGUUAGGAAGGUCCUGGGAGAGAAGGGCAAGAACAUCAAGAUCAUCAGCAAAAUCGAGAACCAUGAAGGUGUCCGUAGGUUUGAUGAGAUCUUGGAGGCCAGUGAUGGGAUUAUGGUGGCUCGUGGUGACCUGGGCAUUGAGAUUCCUGCAGAGAAGGUCUUCCUGGCUCAGAAGAUGAUGAUUGGACGCUGCAACCGAGCCGGGAAGCCUGUCAUCUGUGCCACACAGAUGCUUGAGAGCAUGAUCAAGAAGCCACGCCCUACCCGUGCUGAAGGCAGUGACGUGGCCAAUGCAGUCCUAGAUGGAGCAGACUGCAUCAUGCUGUCCGGAGAGACAGCCAAGGGGGACUACCCUCUGGAGGCUGUCCGCAUGCAGCACCUGAUUGCCCGAGAGGCAGAGGCUGCCAUCUACCACUUGCAGUUAUUCGAGGAACUCCGCCGCCUGGCGCCCAUUACCAGCGACCCCACAGAAGCUGCCGCCGUGGGCGCCGUGGAGGCCUCCUUCAAGUGCUGCAGUGGGGCCAUUAUCGUGCUCACCAAGUCUGGCAGGAGUGCUCACCAAGUGGCCAGGUACCGCCCUCGGGCUCCUAUCAUCGCUGUGACGCGCAAUCCCCAGACGGCUCGCCAGGCCCAUCUGUACCGUGGCAUCUUCCCUGUGCUGUGUAAGGAUGCUGUUCUGGAUGCCUGGGCUGAGGAUGUUGACCUUCGUGUGAACUUGGCCAUGGAUGUUGGCAAGGCCCGAGGCUUCUUCAAGAAGGGAGAUGUGGUCAUUGUGCUCACUGGCUGGCGCCCUGGCUCUGGCUUCACCAACACCAUGCGUGUAGUGCCUGUACCUUGAUGGCCCUCUGGAGCCCCACGUCUAGCCCCUGUCCCUUCCCCUCCCCUCUCCUCUCCAUUAGGCCGGCAACGCUUGUAGUGCGCACUCUGGGCCAUAACGUGGCGCUGGUGGGCUGGGACACCAGGGAAAAUUUGACUCUGAAACAUUCAAUAGAGCCCAGCUAAUUUUCAUGGCCCAACUUGAGCCAGGGCUGAAGGAAGAAUGCAGGAUUGGAAACCCUCUGUCUUUACCCCUUUUCACAGAAGGGCAGCAUCAUCUCUGUGUACUUUGCUCCUGUAGAAAGUUGUCCAGAGAAUUCCCAGCCCUAGCCUGGAGUCAUGAGUCGGCAAGAGUAGGGGUCGCGGGCUUAGGGCCCAGGGGCCCAGUGUAAUGCCUUAGCCCUGGCCCUGUCUUGCUUUCCCAACAGCUUUGGCCUCCCCACUCCUUGUGCAUCCACUGCUGUCACUGCAGACACUCCACUCUCCACCUUGUAUUCUGCAGUCUCCAGGCCUGUUGCUAUAGUGCCCACCUGAAUGUCAAUAAACAGCAGCUGAAGCA